AGAGUUUGCGAGGACAUUUACCACAGUAGAAGAAUUUUCUUGAGAAACACGGACCAACGGGAAUAUACGUUUUCAGCAGAUCAUGGUUACUCCAAAAAUGGCAAGUCGACGACCAACGAAAAGAAUCUUGAAGCCGGUUAUAGAGAAGAAACGGAGAGACCGGAUUAAUCAGCGUUUAGAUGAGCUGCGAACGCUUCUCCUGGAUAACACUCUAGACACGCGACUUCAAAACCCUAAACUGGAGAAGGCUGAAAUUCUGGAAUUAACUGUUGAAUACAUUCGGACAAAAGCCACAGUUGCGAGAGAUAGGCCUAGUCAAGACUCAGACCCACAUGAUGCUAAUGCUCCGACUCUGUUUUUGAGGAGACCCCACAUACCCUUCGCUUCAGUCCCUGAGCCCAUCAAUGUCCAGAAGCAGAUGCCCUCCAAUCCUAUCUACAAAGCCGGUUUUAGGGAGUGUAUCUCCCGUCUGACCAGCUUCAUCGAAUGUGUAGAGCCUUCCCAGCGAGACAGCUUUGUUCAAGGCCUGUGUCACCAUCUUGACUCCUACAGCAGUACUCUUUCCCAGUGUAGAGUUUCCAGCCAAGCUGCCCACCGUCCAUGGAUCCCAAAUGCGGAGUUGACAUGCAGGACGGACGUCCAUGCGAUAGGACCCAUGAGAACCAGCACUGAGCCAUUUUCCUACACCAGUAGUUUGUAUCCUCAAUCUUUUAUGCUCCAUCCCACAGGACAGGCCAUGACACAUCCCUACCUCUCCCCUCCAUACUCCAUCUCUCCUCCACCCUCUCCUUGUUACACAAGUAGCUCUCCUCCCUUCUCCAGCUCUCCCUCAUACCUCUCUGUCCCCUGCCAUUUCCCUUUCCCUCCCACCAUCUCUCCACUUUCCAGUGACUCUUCAUCUUCGUCAUCAUCGUCCUCUAUCAGUUUCUCAGCCCCUGCUCUGCCUGUAGCCCCAGGACCUCAUGUUCAGGCCUCGGUGGGCUCCCCCACUCCAGUGCGACCCACUGGCUCGUCUCCCUCCUGCCAACCCCAGACUCUGAGAAGAGCUCUGUUCCAGAACCAGCCACAGUCUUUGUGGAGGCCCUGGUGAGCAAAACUCAAAACACUUAGUGACUCAAAGCAACAGCUUCCCAUCAGAGUUCUGCAGGAGUUGAGGAUGCUUGUGAAAGAGGCUGGGAUUCACAUGGAAAAGACAUGGAAGCGAGUGUCCUGGGCAUGUGUACAUUAGUAGCUCUGUGAUAAUCGCACAUGACUUACUGUAUACAAAUUGUUUAAUAUAUUUAUUUGUUCCCUAUUGUACAUUGUAAAUUAAUUGUACUUUUUUUUCACGAUAUAUAUAUAUUUAUAUAUAAUUUUGUUAAUUUGUAUG